AUGCUUUAAUUUAAAACUGUUUUUUAUAAGAACAUUCUUAUUAGUUUUAGAAGUAGGGAUAUUUUAAAAGAAACAAUUUUGCCUUUGUUUGCUGGAUUAUUAUUAUUUUUAACGAAAUACAUUCCAUAAAUAUAACCUAUGUCAGUACUUUUAGUUCCAAUUGCCAUAUCGGCAAUAAGUAGAUCAGUAUUAAUAUCUACAGUUGAAGAAAAGUAAGAAAGAUAUAAAGAAACUUAAAAAAACUAUUUUAGUAAAUAAAAAAAAUAUUAAAAAUUAAACAUUUAAAAAUAAAUCAAGUGUUCAAUAUCAUUCUUAAUUGUCCCAAUAAUAGCUGGUAUAGAUGGUGUAAAAGAUGCUCAUAGUACAGUAAUCUUUGUUAUUGGAUUUUUCGCUUAUAGUAUUUCUGCUGUAAAUUAAUCUUUUGUACUUUCAACUUUUUUUUCAAAUACUAAAAUUGCAUCCGAAGUUGGAACAAUUGUUAUGAUAAUUCCUAUAUUUUUAGUUUAUUUGGUAUUUAUAGAAUCAAUAAGAGAAUCAAAAAUAUUUUUUGUUAUUAUGGGUUUGUUCCCUUAAUGUUCAAUAGCAUUUUUAUAUUUAUCUACUUUAGAAUAUUUACCUUUUAGUACUAAUAUUUUUUAAUGCUUAUAGUAUUAAGGAAUUGAUCUUAAUGGAUAAUUCUGGGAACUAAUUGGUCUUAUUUUUGCAUAUUUAAUUGUUUAUUUAUAUUUAGAUUAAGUUAUUCCUAAUGAAUACGGAGUUUGUAAAUCACCUUUUUUCUUUAUUACUGAAUUAAAAAAUUUAUUCAAAGAUAAAAAAACUGAAUAAAAAGAAAUAACUUAAUCUUUUAUUGAAUAUGAAUAAUUUCAUAAUAAUUAAGAUAUAACUAAAAAUGUAGAUUCAUCAUCUGCUGACUUCCAUGAAAUUUAUCGAAAUGAAAAAAAUCUAGCACAAACAAUAAAAAUAAAAAACCUAGUAAAAAAAUACGGUUAAUUUACUGCAAUUGAUUAAAUCUCAAUAAGUCUAUAUGAAUCAAAUAUAUUUUGUUUAUUAGGACAUAAUGGAGCAGGUAAAACAACCACUAUAUCAGUUUUGACAGGAUUAUUAAGUAGUACAAGCGGAAAAGUUAUAAUGUAUGGAAAGGAUCUUUCAAUGGAUUUAGAUUUCAUAAGAAAAAAUAUAGGUUUAUGUACAUAAAAAGAUUGUCUAUAUGAUGAUUUAACUUUUGUUGAACAUUUAAGAUUUAUUGGUAAUAUAAAAGGAAUAUAAGGCGAAAAAUUAGAAAUCUAAAUUUAAUAUAUAUUAGAAAAGACAAAUACACACCAAGAAGCUAAUAAACUAGUAAAAGAGCUUUCUGGAGGAUAAAACGUAAACUUUCAUUAGGCAUGGCAUUAAUAGGCGGUUCAAAAAUAAUAUUUUUGGAUGAACCAACAUCUGGAAUGGAUAAUUUAAGCAGAAGAGGAAUUUGGAAAAUAUUAGAAAAUAUAAGAAAUGAGAAAAGAACUAUAAUAUUAACAACUCAUCAUUUAGAUGAAGCAGAAGUUCUUGCAGAUAGAAUUGCUAUUAUGGCAAAAGGAAAGCUUUUAGCAGUUGGUUCAAGCUAGUUUAUAAAAAAAAAUUUUGGAGAAGGAUAUACUUUGA